GAACUCACAUUUGAUAACCGAAAAACGAAUAAGGUUUAUUUUUUCAUCAACCCUCGUGCCGUACCAAGGUGAUUUCAGAAGGAAGACCGCGUUUGGGCGUUACUGUAUUGGAAUAUCAUCGGGACUUCAUUCAUGUGGACGAAGGUAACAUGGCAAGCAAUGAGAUUUCGUUGACUCCUAGUGACGUUUCCAAUCAAACGGUUGCUCGCAUCGCCAAACCACCAAACUUCAGUGACGUCAGCAGCAGCGAGGAGGAGGACGACCUCGACGAACCUCGACCACCGCCCAACGAGCGUCCUGUAUACACGAAUGGACACCGCGGAAAGGAACCAGCGAAACGAAACGACGCCAGUGGCAGCGUCCUAAACGGAGACCAGAAAGGGAAUCAUACCCAAGCAGCCGACGACGACAUCGAGCUCGACAACGCCGUUGAACUCGACACCGACACCGUUCACGAUGGAGAUACGAUUACGGAAGAACCAGGGGAGAAAGUGAAGGAGGGAGGGACACCUGUCCCGGAAGGAAAGGUCCAAAGGAACGACCGGAUGAACAUGGAAGAAAAGAAGGAAGGGGAUGGACCUAAGUCACGUGAUCAUAAAGAUCCAUUGACUCCCAAAUCGAAAGAUGGCGAGAAGAUAAAAGAUGUCAUCGAUGGCAACUUCGAUGCCGACAAUGUACCCGAGCUCGUUGACAGAUUGGAGAGCGCUGUCGAGGCGAUGUCGAAGGGUGAGCCAGAGGCCUUCGAUCGCCUCGUUGCGAUAUUCCAGGUGUUUCUUCCGAUGACCCUUUUCAUGGCCGACGAGCUGAAAAUGUUGAGGGAGAAUAAGAAGGGCCUCCUUCUUCAUAUUCGCACUCUAAUGAAGGAAAAUCAACAAACUCGUCUUGAAGCCGAACAAAGGUCUGUUGUCGAGACGAAGUCUGUUGGUACAACCCCACAAAAAGCUGAAGAGACAUGUGGACAAUGCACCGAGAAGAAACCUGACCAAGACAAACAGCAACAGAUGGAAAUAGAUGGUCUGAAAAGAGAGUCGAAGAAGCUCCGAAAGCAAUGCAAAGAGCUCCAACAUGUCAACCUGUCCUGGGAGAAAUACAGCCAGAAGAAAUCAAGCCGUCACGAGGCAGAGAUCAGAAAGAUGAACGAGAAGCUGGCCACCAGUGAUGACAAGGCCAAGAAACUCGAGAAGAGACUUGAAGAAAAGUUCCGUCUCUACGACCAGACGUUGAUGCAGGUGAAACACUCCGAGGAACGUCAGAAGCUUGUUGCUGCUGAGUAUAAGAAGGAACGUGACGUGGUAAGGAUGAAGUAUGAAGAAAUGAAACGGCAGGUAAAGGACCAAGAUGAGGAGAUAAAACGACUCAAUGAGGUCAUAGCGCGCAAGGGCACGGCUAAAGUUUACUUGAAACCUGGAGCCCUGGUUGUCACCCAGCAAGCCAAAAUCGACGACAAGUAUGCGAACCCACCCCGCAAGAGGCCAGAACACACCGAAAAGCAGGGCAAGGCCACCGCAGUGGAUCCUGCCGCCAACGCGGUUGAACCGCCGGUAAACCGCGAGAAGGUCAAGGCGAAGGAUAGCAAGCCGCAGAAGAGCAAGCCGGUAUCACCGCCUCUGUCUCCACGGGAUCCACCGGGGUACAUGAAAGCAAACAACCCGAUGAGCCUGACCAGGGAGGAACUCAAGGAUCAAGUUGUUCUCUACAAGGAGCAAAUGGAUAUUUUCCGGGCUGAUUUCAACCAAGAGAGAAGAGACAGAGAAAAAGCAGUUGGGCAGGUCGAUUCUUUGAAGAAAGAAUUGGAGAAAACCAAGAAGAAAGUCCGAGAAAUGCAAAAUCAACGAAUGGAAAAGGAGCACGACCUCUACGUUGCAGCCCGUGUAGGAGGUCACAUGUUCUUUCUCCCGGAAGAUACUCAAGAGAUGAGAAUGAAAGAAAUCAAGCAGCAAGCUCACGGAAAGCGUAAACAACCAGCACAUGGGAGAAAGGAUCACUAUGAAGGUGAUCAAGGCUUGGCUGAGGAACAUUUCUACGCAGAAAUCGAAUAAGACCUUCACCGCGAGAGGUUGAAAGAGAGCAGAGGAGGACUCCUCCAACUAUUAACCAAUCACCUAGCUAUGUUUUAGCACGUGACCUGGCUCAUGCUUUCGAGUGCGGCGUUGGUGGUUCUACGUUCAGCGUGUGUGUAUCUCUCACUCCUGAAGACGGCGUUCUGACUUUGUCCAUCAUCUCGACGCGCCAAACGCAGCUGUAUACAAACGAGAGUUAUGACGCAGUGGUCUCUUCAUAUCUUACAUAUUGUAAUUUCGGAUGUAAAUCAUCUUGGCAAAUAACGCUUAUGAGUAUGAAAUGUAUAGGCCUACUUGGGAAUACUUUUCUUCUGUUUAAUCAAACACAUUUAAAGACUUCGGUUGAAAUGCUAUUUUGUAUGUUUAAACAUUCAAUUUUAUGACGUAUCAUUACAUAUUUUAAUUAUUCAUAAUUGAUAUUAUAUUUUUUUAAAAACUAAGUUAUUAUGGUUCAAGGGUUGAAAUGAAAAUAAAGAAAUGUAAAUAAGUGUUUUCGAUCGUUUAAAUAUUAGAGGAGUAAAGUAAUUUCGUUUGUUUGCUGGCAAUUGUUUUAGCAUUAUAGUGUACUUUCUCCAAAGUACCAGCAUUUCCGCAGUUUCUUCUAUUUAGCAUAAUAGUAUGUUCUGUUUUGUUUGCUGCUUUCAAUUAUUUUUCUAUGUAAAUUGGGAUCUUUGCUAUUUGGAUGAUGUUCGUAUUGAAAGCUCACAAUCAUUAUUAAUAUGCAGUUUGUUGUAUGAUUCGGAGUGUGUAAAAUAAACGUUAUAUU